AUUGACGCAACGACGACAAAUAAGCCAAGUAGAACAUGCCGCGAUUAGCACCGCUCCUUCGAGGUUCGCUCGGAUCUGUGCGCGGUCCGGCUGGGUCGCUGUCGGUGGGAAGCUUUGUGCUGCCGUGCCGCAAGCUGGUGCUGGAGUACAACGAGACGUGGCCGUCCUCUUCGGGAGCGAAGGAGUACAUCGAGAGAGAGGCACAGCAGCUCGCGAAACGGCAUCCUUCCGUCGAAUUCGUCGUGCAGGAAAAGCCAAACAGGCACCCCGUUGCGCGAGGCUUCUACGUCAACAAUCGGGAAAAGGUCAUCUCGCUGCGAAACAUGGAGCCUUCGCUCGUAUCUGAAAAGGUCCGGUUGCUGCUCGAGUCGAGCGGGCGGAAGCUGACAAACCUCAAAAGGAGACCCGUCGAGGCGGGAGCCACAGAGUCGGCCAGGGGCGUCUGGAGUCAGCUUCACGCAGCGAAAAAGGACCUGUAAUUCGAGCUGUUCUCUAGUUUUCAUCUUCCUUUAGCCGUUCUCGACAGCAAAUGUAACCAUAUUAUUCACCAGAAGGCAACUUGGGAGAAAGUGUCU